AUGCCGUUUUCGCGAUUUCUCACUUUGGCUACCAUCACCACCGGUGCUUUGGCGCAACUGAGAACUUGCUCAAACAAUGGUACCCUGAGCUGCCACAGUUCGUCCAAGGCACCAACCUGCUGCUACAAUUAUCCGGGCGGAGCUCUCCUGCAGACCCAGUUUUGGGAUACUGACCCCUCGACUGGCCCGACUGAUUCGUGGACGAUCCACGGCUUGUGGCCCGACAACUGCGAUGGUACCUACCAAUCCAAUUGUGACUCCUCGCGCGCAUACACCAAUAUCUCCGAUAUCCUGACCGCGCAGGACCGCACCGAUCUGCUCUCCUACAUGCAGACCUACUGGGUUAGUGACAGCGGCACCGAUGAGUCCUUCUGGGAGCAUGAGUGGAGCAAGCACGGGACCUGCAUCAACACGAUCAAGCCGAGCUGCUACACUACCUACUCUCCGCAAGAGGAGGUUGGGGACUUCUUCCAGAAGGUAGUGGAUCUGUUCAAGGGGUUGGACACAUACCAGGCAUUGUCCUCGGCUGGUAUCACCCCCGACGACUCGAAGACAUACGAGCUCAGUGAUAUCCAGAAUGCACUGUCCAAGCUACAUGGCGGAUCGGUACCUUACGUUGGCUGCGAGGAUGGUGCGCUGAGCGAGAUGUGGUAUUUCUUUAAUGUGGCUGGUAAUGCCAUUAACGGCCAGUACAAGCCUACUGAUUCCCUUACAUCAUCGAGCUGCCCUAGCAGCGUCAAGUACUUACCCAAGAGUAACUAA